AAAUCCUACACUCUUCUUAGUGUCCGCGAUUCGCAUCGACCGCUAGGGUUCUCAAGGGACGUGGAGGAGACGCCGCGAGGGGCCGGUCUUAACCCAGGUGCACCUUGUUGGUACCCAUAUGAUUUAGCACCAGUUCUUUGUGCGCAAGGUUCCUUCAUUAUGUGAAUUUGAAAUCCAGGAACUAAUUAAUAGAGAAAUGACAGAUUCGGUAGUAUCAAGUUUUUGGGGCCCAGUAACAUCCACUGUUGAGUUGUGUGAGGAGAACUAUGCCCAUUCAUCAUAUAUUGCAGAAUUUUACAACACUAUAUCCAAUGUGCCUUGCAUACUUUUGGCACUCAUUGGACUUAUAAAUGCCUUGCGACAGCGCUUUGAGAAAAGAUUUAGCGUUCUUCAUAUAUCCAAUAUGAUACUUGCGAUUGGGAGCAUGAUAUUUCAUGGCACAUUACAGCAUGUACUACAACAGAGUGAUGAGACACCAAUGGUAUGGGAAAUGCUGCUUUACAUUUAUGUCCUUUACUCACCAGAUUGGCACUAUAGGAGUACCAUGCCUACUUUCUUGUUUCUCUAUGGUGCUGCCUUUGCCGUAGUCCAUUCAUUGGUGCGUUUUCGAAUAGGAUUCAAGGUGCACUACAUUAUACUGUGUCUUCUCUGUAUUCCUCGGAUGUACAAGUACUACAUUCAAACUAAAGAGAGGGCAGCUAAGCGGCUCGCCAAACUCUAUGUAGCAACAAUACUUUUGGGAACUCUAUGCUGGUUGUUUGACCGCAUCUUCUGUAAGAAACUCUCUCAUUGGUACAUAAACCCGCAGGGUCAUGCCUGGUGGCAUGUGCUUAUGGGAUUCAACUCAUAUUUUGCAAACACAUUUCUCAUGUUUUGCCGUGCUCAGCAACUGGGAUGGCAACCCCAGGUCGUCCACCUAUUUGGUUUCUUUCCUUAUGUGAAGAUUCAAAAACCAAAGAAACAGGAGUGACAGCAGGAAGAACAAUUUUCUGGACUGUUUGAUGCUGGUUUCUUUUUUGACUCUGAAAACAAAUGUUUAAUUUUAGCGUGCGGGCAAGCAAAGUCAUUUUGUAUAUGGACAUCAAUGAUACAGACUAAUGUUUUGACUGAUUUUGUUAGUUUUCAACAUUAACUAGCACUUGCUAUGUAUCAUACUUAAUUCUUCAAUUUGCGGAGAUGGGUUGGAAUUGUGUUCUUUUA